CACGCCCACUCAGUGCCUCCCUUACCAGGGAAGGCCCAUUUCUUUUCUACUGUUGGUUGCUGAAUUCCAAUUUUUAAAGGAGAGGGAGAAAUUUGUAUAUAUGUCAGGCUGAGGUUCCUUCUGCACCAAUGCGAGCAGCACAACUGCCUCAUUAACAUAAACACCUCGCUGUUUUGCAUAGAGUGGCGGCGGGCGUCCGGGUUGGCUGCAGCGCACUCCUGGUGCAGCCCGAGAAGGCGACAGCGGCGGGGCAUCUUCCCGGCGAGCCGAGCCGAAGAGCAAGGGAAAGGAGUCCGAGAGCGCCGGAGUGGCUGAAGGGUUAACUUCCUCGAGGGACUCGGUUUCACACACGCCGGGAGCUCGGCGCCUGCAAUGGCAGAGACAGGCGCAGCCGGGCACGUUGUUACCUGCUCGCGGAGCUGAUUGGCGAGGAGUGGCCGCCUUUGCAUGGAGCAGCCAGGAAGGAAGGAAAGCUGCGGCUGAAGCGCGGCUCCUCGUGCAGGGGGCUUUUGCUGAGGGGAGGCGGAGGAAGGGAAAGAGGCUCGCUUUGCUGACGCUUGGCGCCGAGGUCGGAAGGGAGGCAGCCUGCACAAGGACUCCGCUCAGCCGAGGGGCCCGCAAAGAGGCGGCGGCGGAGAAGAAGACUCGACCCGCUGCCUUGCGGGGACCGACGCCGGCCCAGUCCCGCCUGGGGCGCCGAAGCCAGCCUUUGGAGCUCUCGCAAGCCCGGACUGGCGCUCGCGAUGUGUUGCCUGGCUUUGCUCGGCUUCUUCCUCUGGGGCUUCGCCAGCUCGGUUGGGCCCAGCGGCGGCGCUUCCCUGCCUCCGUGCCCGGCUUACUGCAGCUGCGAUGAGGACGGCGGGGUCGACUGCGCCGGUCGGGGUCUCACGGCCGUGCCAGAAGGAUUGAGCGUUUUCACCCACUCGCUGGAUAUCAGUAUGAACAAUAUCACAAGGUUACCAGAAGAUGCAUUUAAGAAUUUCCCUUACCUUGAAGAGCUGCGGCUGGCUGGCAAUGACCUUGCAUUUAUUCAUCCAAAGGCCUUGUCUGGAUUGAAGGAACUCAAAGUCCUCACUCUGCAGAAUAACCAGCUGAAAACUGUUCCUAAUGAGGCCAUCAGGGGACUAAGUGGGCUACAGUCUUUGCGCCUAGAUGCUAACCACAUUACUGUUGUCCCAGAAGACAGUUUUGAGGGCCUAGUUCAACUGCGUCACCUGUGGCUAGAUGAUAAUAGCUUGACGGAGGUCCCAGUUGUUCCACUCAGCAACCUUCCAUCCCUGCAGGCCUUAACCUUGGCUCUCAAUAAAAUUACCAGCAUCCCUGACUUUGCCUUUACCAACCUUUCAAGCCUUGUUGUCCUGCAUCUCCAUAACAAUAAAAUAAAAACAUUAGGACAUCACUGUUUUGAUGGCUUAAACAACUUAGAAACUUUGGAUUUAAACUAUAACAGCAUGGUAGAGUUUCCUAAAGCCAUAAAAACACUUCCAAGUUUAAAGGAAUUAGGAUUUCACAGUAAUUACAUCUCCAUGAUCCCUGAUAGUGCAUUUGGUGGAAACCCACUUCUAAGAACGAUACAUUUGUAUGAUAAUCCUUUGUCUUUUGUUGGAAACUCAGCUUUUCAGAAUUUAUCAGAUUUGCAUUCCCUGGUCAUUCGUGGGGCCAGCAUGGUACAGUCAUUUCCUAACUUAACAGGGACCACUAAUCUGGAGAGUCUGACUUUUACAGGCACCAAAAUCGACAGUAUUCCCACUGAUCUCUGCCAAGAGCAAAAGAUACUUCGAACUUUGGACUUGUCUUAUAACAACCUAAAACAGCUUCCAAGUUUUCAAGGUUGCAGUUCCUUGGAAGAAAUAUAUUUACAGCAUAAUGAAAUUGAGGAAAUCAAAGAUGUAUUCCAGGGUCUGACUACUCUGCGUACUCUUGAUCUCAGCAGAAAUUUGAUCCACCAGGUCUACAAGGCAGCAUUUAUGUCGCUUGAUGCCAUUACCAAUCUAGACUUAAGUUUCAAUGCAUUGACUUCAUUUCCAACUGAAGGCCUGAGUGGGUUAAACCAGCUUAAGCUUGUAGGCAAUACUGAACUGAGAGAAGCCCUGGCAGCAAAGGAUUUUGUGAAGCUUCGAUCGCUGUCUGUUCCAUAUGCAUACCAGUGCUGUGCAUUCUGGGGCUGUGAUUCUUACUUAACCUUUAAUACUGAAGAUUCCAACCAGCAAGAUCAAAGUCUGUCAGUUGCUCAUGACCGUGGUACAGUGAAUGCAGAUGACCUAAUCCCUGAGGAUAAUGAAGAACUUGGUCAGACAAUAAUACAUUGUACCCCCACAACAGGUGCUUUCAAGCCUUGUGAAUACUUACUGGGGAGCUGGAUGAUUCGCCUUACAGUCUGGUUUAUUUUUUUGGUUGCCUUGACUUUCAACAUCCUUGUCAUUCUAACUAUAUUUGCUUCUUGCGCUUCAGUGCCUUCUUCCAAACUAUUCAUUGGCUUGAUUUCUAUGUCUAACUUACUUAUGGGGAUCUAUACUGGCAUAUUAACUUCUUUGGAUGCAAUCUCCUGGGGACGGUUUGCUGAAUUUGGCAUUUGGUGGGAGACUGGCAGUGGCUGCAAAGUUGCUGGGUUUUUGGCUAUCUUCUCUUCUGAAAGUGCCAUUUUUUUCCUAAUGUUAGCUGCCAUUGAACAAAGCUUGUCUGCCCAGGAAAUAAUUAAGAAGGGUAAAAGUAAUAAUCAAAAACAGUUUAAAAUUGCUGCCAUUUUUGCUGUCCUGUGUGCGCUAAUAGCAGGAUGUUUGCCACUGUUCCAUAAAGGAGAAUACUCUGCAUCGCCACUCUGCCUGCCUUUUCCCACUGGAGAAACUCCUUCCUUGGGCUUCACAGUAACACUAGUACUCCUAAACUCAUUAGCCUUUUUGCUAAUGGCUAUUAUUUAUAGCAAACUUUACUGCACCUUGGAGAAGGAAGACCUGUCUGAGAACUCACAAGCCAGCAUAAUUAAACAUGUUGCUUGGCUGAUCUUCACUAACUGCAUCUUUUUCUGCCCUGUUGCAUUUUUCUCAUUUGCUCCACUGAUCACUGCAAUCUCUAUAAGCCCUGAAAUCAUGAAGUCUGUCACUCUGAUAUUUUUCCCACUUCCUGCUUGUCUGAAUCCAGUCUUGUACGUCUUCUUCAACCCCAAAUUCAAGGAAGACUGGAAAUUACUGCGGUGGCACAUUACCAAGAAGAAUGGAACCGGGACAGUCACUGCUAAUGCACAAGGUGACUGUGGGACACAGGAUUUCUACUAUGACUGUGGCAUGUACACUCAUCUGCAGGGUAAUUUUACCAUGUGUGAAUGCUGUGAAUCACUUCUUAUAUCUAAGCCUGUACCAUGUAAGCACUUAAUAAAGUCCCACAGUUGUCCAGCACUGACAGUAGUGCCUUGCCAAAGGCCAGAUGGCUAUUGGUCCGACUGUGGCACUCAGUCUGCCCAUUCUGAUUAUGCAGAUGAAGAGGAUUCUUUUGUAUCUGACAGUUCAGACCAAGUACAGGCCUGUGGACGGGCUUGUUUUUAUCAGAGCAGAGGCUUCCCUUUGGUUCGUUAUGCCUACAAUAUCCCAAGAAUUAAAGACUGAAAAGCUUUACUGCAAUCCAUGCACUAAAAAGGACACUUCAUAUACCAUCCUUGUUCUGUCCCUUUUAUCUGGAAGCACUUUUGCAAUCAUCUUUUGAUGUUCAUAGUAAACAAGGGAUGUGGGCAGUAAAUAAUCAUACAUUUAAAGCAAGGACUGUUGCUCUUACUGUAAAUAAUUGGAAAACCAAAAUUUAUAACCCAGGAUUUUUUUUUACUUUUUCCUAGCAAUUAUAUAUAAUGUCUGUGAUGUUAGGCUGUAUUUUCAUAUUGUUAUCCAACUGUAAUUUACUACUUCUGGUUGUGAUAAUUCAGUCCACUUUUCCAGUUAAGCACAAUACAAGCGACAGCUGUCAUUAAGGGGUUAUUUUUAAAUGUGACUUUAUAUAGUUAAAAGAAAAAAACUGUUGCUAACUUUUGUAUAGCAUUUUUGACUAAAUCUCAGGACAGUUUACUGCAGGGCCAAAAGAAGGGAGUACUCUUCCCACAUACAACUGUGAGUCAAAUACAGGCAAAACAUGCUAUAUUUUUCAUUCUUCAAGCUUUUAUUCAAUUUGAUUGGGAUAUAAUUUUUUUAUUCCAGGAUUCUCUCAUAAUAUAUAGAGUCUGAUAUGGUAGUGGGAAAGAUAUGAGUACUGUGUAGAAUCUUUGGGAUUUUGCGAGGAAGUAUCAAAAUCAAAUUUACCAGACUUACAUUGGCUUAUAGUCCCAGAGUGUAUUACUUCACUUCUAGAUCCCUGUAGAGUUUCAUCAUGACUGUGAUUUUGUGAUUGUUUUGUGAUUGAGGGUACUGUUGUGCAUGUGGAGCUCUGUGUUCUGGAUCUGACUUAUUCUCAUAAAGAAGAUGAAGAAUGUAUACAUAACACAUAAUGGGAGUUCUGUUCUGCAUGCACAGACCAUUUUUUAACACAGAAGAAAAAUAACUGUGUUCUCUCCCUCCACACUUAGGCUCCUUCCGCACAUGCAGAAUAAUGCACUUUCAAACUGCUUUUAGUGCUCUUUGAAGCUGUGUGGAAUAGCAAAAUCCACUUGCAAACAGUUGUGAAAGUGGCUUGAAAACACAUUAUUUUGCGUGUGCGGAAGGGGCCAUACACUCCCUUGAGCUCCUCCUGCAUGCCGGAGACCCAUUGAGUUUGUUUGUAUGUGUGUGCCCUGUGUAUUCAAAUAUGUGCAGGCUUGUGACUGCAAAGGCAAUGGAAAUCUACUUUGUGAAAUAUAGUAAAUACAUUAACAGCUGCAACAAGGUAGAAAGACACUUCAGAAACAAAAUAUAGGCUGGGGUGAAAUCAUAUUAAACAGUGGCUUGGAUUGAGCAGUAUACAAGCAGAAAAAUAAAUAGGCUUAGUGCAAUUCUGCAUGCUGGCAGGGACUGAUGGGAAUUGUAGUCCAUGAACAUCUGGAGAGGCACAGGUUGCAGACCCCUGUGCAAGAACUUGUGUAACACAGAGUACUUUCCUCCUUAUAUAUCAGAGUGUCCAUAAAUUGGUUACACAAAAUCUUGCACUAUCAGAAAUGCAAGUGGGGAUAUAAUAUGUUUGACUAAGUGCAAACAGCUACCAGUCUUUCUUACAUUUUUGCUCGCACAACAACUCUUGCAGAAGUGGAAACUUUAAACUAGAGCCACUGCACGACUUUGUAAUUGAAUAGAUCUGAGGAUAUGAAGUUGCUUUGGAAUAAAAGGCUGGUAUGUUUGAAAAAAUGUGAAGAUCUGCACUGCAACAUUAGAAUUUCUGCUUUCCUGUCAUUUUAUAACUAGGCAAGUGAACUGACUUCUAUGAAAAUUGGGAGGAAAUAUGAAUCUGAUACUUUAGGCCCUUAUCUUUGGUAAUUAACUUUAUCUUUGUCAUCUCUCCAUAGUUUGAAAACUCGGUGUAAAGUUAAAUAUGGAUAUCAAGCUAGAUCUUACAUUUCUUGAACAAAAUACUAAAUAGCAGUUCCACUGCUAUACCAGUAACUCUAGCACCAUUUUUUGUUUUAAAAAAUUAAGCUAGAAAACAGGAAAAUUUAAAUUGUAUAUAGUGUGCAUAAAAUUAAUUUCUUCAUGUAUAAAUUAUUUGAUAGAAUACAUGAUGGGAAAUAUGGCUUCAGUGCAUUUUGUUAAUUAAAGCUACCUCCUGAAAUAUAGCAGCUGCCAGUAGCAGAUUGUUUAAAAUUGUAUUUUAUAUACUGUUUGCAUUGUAAAUAAAUAUUGGUUGUACAUUGUAAUAAAACCCAGAAGUUUUGUAUAUCAAAAUUAUUUACCUUGUACAAAAUAUGGGAUGGUGUCAUUCUUGUAUACUGUAAUUUUUGUAAGCCCAAAUCAUUCAUAGUAAAAAUCAAAGGUAAUGACAGUAAAGAACAGAAGCGUAUUCCAAA